AUGAAGUCACUGCUGUCCUCUUCGUUGGGGCGGCAGUCGCCCUCGUUCACGCAGAGGAUGGAGGCCAAGAAGCGGCAGGAGGAGGAAGAGGAGGCGCGCAAGCGACGGCACUCAUCGUCGCCCCAUCACCAUCAGCGAUUGGGCCUUUCUUCUUCUUACAACGGCCCUUCGACCCUUCGGUCCUUCCUCUACAGCAACUCCCCGUCAACUGCACAAACAAAUGCACCCGACACGGCAACUAGCGAUGAGGAUUCCUCAAUGGAAACGAUGGUGGUAAUAGAGGGCUUUCUAACGAAGCAGGGCCAACGAUUCAAGACGUGGAAGAGGAGAUGCGGCACGCCCAACGUAGAACGAGACGAUCUCCAGGAAGAUGGUGAACGGCAACCGCGACCACUUGGGCGAAAGGGCAAACUCUACUACGCCAAGCAGCCCCAGAGCCGCAGUUCUCGGGGCGAGGUGACGCUGGACCACUUCUCGGUGCUCGACAUCAGCACAGGCAGCCUCGAUGAGGAGGCGAUGGCCCUGCUGCCCAGCGACCUGAUGCCAACGGGCCACUGCUUCUGCGUGAACACGCAAAAGCGCGUUUACUACUUCUGUUGUGACACGGCGGAGGAUCUGGUGAGAUGGCAGCGCGCCCUCCAGUCGCUCAUGCCCCACAACCAGAACCGAUCGGACGACGACAUCCAGCAAAGGCAGCCGCGGCUAGAGCGGGAGGUGAGGCAUCUCUUCCGAGACAUCUGCGAGGUCAUGCGCGACCACGACGUGGAUGGCGGCAACGUCGACGAGAAUCAUCACCACCACGACAACGACGACGACGGCAGCAGCAGCCACGUCAACGGCGAUGACGACAGCGACCCCGAAGAGGCUGACUACGUGGCCAAGGGGAAGGAGGCGAUCCGCGAUGGCUCCUUCAGCCCCGGCAGCCAGAAGAAGAAGAAGGGGAACAGGAAGGAAGAGCAGCGGCGCGAGAAGGAGAGGGAGUGGCUGCGAGUGAUCGAAGCCGAGGUGCAGCAGGCGGAAACGAUCGAGGACGAGGACGAGCGACGGGAGGAGUGGGUGCGCCUCAAGCAGGCCCUCACCAAGGGCAUGGAGCGGGCGCUGCUUCACUCCGACCGGCGGCGAGCGGAGCUCACCCUGCGCGCGGCAGCGGCCAAGGCGUCGUCGAUGAUGGCAGACGGCAGCACCAGCACUAGCGACGAGAGCGAGGGAGAAGCCGCCAAGAAGCAAAAGAACGAAGAAGGCAAGGACCAAAAGAACGAAAGCGAUGGCGCAGCUGCGGCGAAAGAGCGAAGGAGCGAGAGCGGCGCCGCGGGCCGGCGCCGCGAGGGGACGCGACGGGCGGGCGGCCGCGAUGAAGACGACCAGGACGACGGGUGGAACUCCGACGGGUUCGACACGUCACGCGAGGCGACCCUAGCGCGCGAGAUCAUGGGGAAGCGAGGCGAUGACAGUGGACACCGCGACGAUGAGGGUCUAUACGGCGAUGACAGCGACGGCGGCUUGGAUGACCAGGGGAGUGACGACACCGAGGACGAAGAAGACGGUCUGCUCGAGUCGGACAAGCGGAGGCACGCGAAGCGGAAGCGGAAGAGCCGGCAGGGCCGAAAGAAGGCGCCCACGCGGCGCAUCUACAGCUACGGCCAGGAGGAGAACAUCGGGUUCGAGGGCGAACCCGAGACUGAGCAGUCGUUCGCCGGCGGUGGCGGCACCUAUGGGACCUACGGCGCGCAACGAAAGAGCGGCGACGACGGCCACCAACGCGACUUUGAUCCGACGAGGACCUCGUCCUCGUUCUCCUUCUGGUCCUGCUUCUGCUGUUGA